AGGAUUUCCAGAGCUUCACCCUGCCGUCGAUGCGAUGCUAAACGCUCCAAGCGCGGGCCAGCAAAAGCAGCACUGGCGAACCGCUCAGCUGCCAUUGACUCUCCCCAGCAUGCAGCCCACACGGUGUCUGUUCAAGCGAUCGGUGUGGAAGGGCCCGCACAUUGUCCCCCUCCCGAUCCCCAAGCUCCUGCCCGGCCAGACGGCCAAGCCGAUCCGCACGCAGGCCCGCGCCGCCACCAUCCUGCCCAACUUUGUCGGCCUAAAGUUUCAGGUCUACAACGGCAAGGUCUACCACGAGGUAACCAUCACCGAGGACAUGGUCGGCCACAAGCUGGGCGAGUUCUCGCCCACGAGGAAACCCUUCAUCUGGGGAAGAGACUAAGGCGACGGUUCGGUACACUAUCAAAAUACCAAUGUCGAUUUACAGGCGUUAUACGAGGCACAUACCCAAAAAGACGGCACGGCGAUGCCGCUGUAUUUCUACUGUACAUACAAGCGGCAUUGGAACGGCGAGGUAGACACAGACAGGCGCCAUGGAAAAGCCAUUCAUGUUUAGCCAAGUGUGUGUAAACGCCGCUAUUCAGCCCUCGGCGUCGCGCCGAGUAGAGGGGCCCGCGUGCUCCCCCGGUCUGUUAUUCCAACGAUGAGGGGCAGGCCGAUUCUCGCCUGCCUGGUCUAGAAGAAAGAGUAUACGAAAGACAACGCCAAUGUGUAAUGAUCAUGACCCGAACCCCUGAAUCCCGCCAGAGAACCCCGUAUGAACGCCCGA